UCCCAAUCUCCCAAACUGCUCUUUGUGGUCCUGAUUAUGCUAUUUACUGCUACCUGGAAAAGUUGGGCUCCAGCAUCAUUGUUACACCUCAUCAAGUAGCUAUAGGCUGUGGCUGAGUUAUAAAGAACAAGACUUCCAACAUGGUGGGUUGGAUUUUUUUGCCUUAAAAAUCUUAUCAUAGCACAAGCAGGAGCAGCUCAGAAACUCUGUUCUCCCUUUCUUCUGGUAAGCACAGAACACAAGUGUGGGUUUCCCUUGGCUCAUACCACAGCCAAGCUUUAUACUCCUGAAAAGAAACCGUUACUGAGACCUUUCAACACUGUUAGGCCUGUUGACCUCUCACCUAUGAACUCUUGUAGCCCCUCUUGAGCAAGGACCACAUAUUCUGCUGCAUCGUUACUUUCAAAGAGACGUUUGGCCUCAAGCCACUCACCUACAAACUCUUAUGGCCUCCCUUGAGCAGGAACUGCAUAUUCUGCUGCAUCACUGUCUUUGGUUAAUAUGUGACUUUGGUGACACCACUGCUGCUCGUGCCAGCUCUUGCUUACUAUGGAGAGCAUCUUGUGUGAACUCCAGGCACCUUUCUGAGGUACAAGAGAAAGUUGAGGUCUUUCAUGUCAAUAUUGCAACAUGCUCAGUGGCCAUAAAAGUAGAUUCCUGACUUGAAUCUGGCACAGGGCUGUCAAGUACAGUGACUCAAAAUAACCCUGACGCAGCAAUAUCCCUUCGCAAACAACUAAUCAAAGGUCCUGCUAAUUGUUCUGAAUCAUGUAAGAUAAUUUCAAUGCAAGGAAAAUGCAUUUUCCUUUACAUCCCUUGAUAGCACUCUUAUCGAUGCUUUUUAUCACUGUCUGAAACACGAUCUUUGAACGUCAACAAGCUGUCAUAGUAAACAUUUUGUAGAGGGAAAGACUAAAGACCAUCAAGCAUAAAUAAGGUACAACUCUUUCUCGCUUUUGUAUGCUGCUUGGAAGUAAGAAGGAACAGUUAAUUCUUUUUCCUGCUGAUAGUCCCAGGACGGUGAUGUGGAAGUACCAGAUCUACAAGGGGCUUGUUCUUUUUCUUUCUCUCUGGAGUUUGGCAGAAGGUGGGAAGCUCUUGGUUAUGCCUCAGGAUGGAAGUCACUGGCUGAGCAUGCGUGUGGUUCUGGAAAAACUCUGGGAGAGGGGGCAUGAAGUUGUUGCGGUGAUUCCUGAUGCUGCUUUGCUCCUUAAAAGCUCACAAUCUUUUACCAUCAAAACAUACUCCGUGCCUUACACGCAGGAGUUUGUGGAUGAAUUCUACAAUUCCCUUGGUGAAAUGAGUUUUACCAACCCUUCCCUUCUAGACAAAAUCACAUUAUUCAGCAAUUUAUCAGAACUGACUAACAUGUACACUUCUUCUUGUCGGCAUCUCUUAUAUGAUGAAGAACUCAUGAAGUACCUCCAGGACAGCAAAUUUGAUGCCAUUAUGAUGGAUCCUGUGUUGCCCUGUGGGCCAAUUGUUGCUGAAUAUCUCUCUCUGCCUUCAGUGUACUUCAUGCGUGGUCUUCCAUGCAAUUUAGACUACAAAGCCACCCAGUGUCCAAGUCCUUCUUCUUAUGUGCCAAAGAUUUUCACGUACAGCUCAGAUAACAUGACAUUUGCAGAGCGUGUGAAGAACUUCCUGGUUGGGGCUUCAGAGCACGUGUUCUGCGACCUGUUUUACUUGAACUACAAGAACUUAGCUUCUGAGUUUCUUCACAGAGAAGUAACAAUGCUACAACUAUUUAGCCAAGCAUCCAUUUAUCUGAUGAGAUACGACUUUGUUUUUGAGUAUCCACGCCCAAUAAUGCCAAACAUGGUCUAUGUUGGAGGCAUCAACUGUAAGCAGAAGCAGCCACUAUCAGAGGUUUGUCGUGGUUCACAGUGAUACAUGACAUUUAGCAUAUAUUGAUUCUAAAU